AUGCUCAGUUCACACAACAAUCAGUGUAAAUAUACUACACAGGGCAGCUACUUUUCCUGUUGGUAUGCCUCACUAAUUGCACAUGUCAGCAAUCACAUGAAAAUUAAUAAAAAAAAAUGUCACAAUUUUGAACUAUCUAUCUAUCUAUCUAUCUAUCUAUCUAUCUAUCUAUCUAUCUAUCUAUCUAUCUAUCUAUCUAUCUAUAUAUAUAUAUAUAUAUAUAUAUAUAUAUAUAAAUUUCACAACCCCACAAUAGUGCAUCCAUUCACUGAGUGCUCUGUGAAUAGUGCCUUGUGCCAAGUUAAUAUUACGCUACAAAUAUUUAUCCUAUAUAUCUUUUUCUUAUUUAAUUUUUUUUACUUGUUUUUUUUUGGUAUAUUUUUCUUUUUCCCUUCUUUUUUCUCUUUCACUCUCUUUUUCUUUCAUCCUCUUUGCAUUUGCUUAUUUCUUGUUUCUAUCUUUCUUUUCCUCUGUAUCCCUUCUCACUUUGCAUUUUCUUGA